GUGUGGCUAACAUGGCGGCUAACUGAGCACAGCCGCUGAAACCCAGCCUGAAUAGAGAGAGAGCUGCUCAUGUUAGUGCGGAGAGGAGCUGUCCGGAGGAAUCUGACCCGCUGAUGCCCGCAAACAGAUAACUACAGCGGAGACUGUUGGUUUAGCUGGUCACCAUGGCGACAGACAUCGGCUCGCCGCAGCGCUUCUUCCACAUGCCGCGCUUCCAGCACCAGGCGCCGCGGCAGGUGUUCUACAAGCGGCCCGACUUCGCCCAGCAGCAGGCCAUGCAGCAGCUCACCUUCGAUGGCAAGCGCAUGAGGAAGGCUGUCAACCGCAAGACCAUCGACUACAACCCCUCCGUCAUCAGAUACCUGCAGAAUCGUCUUUGGCAGCGAGACCAUCGAGACUUCAGAGCCAUCCAGCCCGACGCAGGAUGUUAUAACGAUCUGGUCCCUCCCAUCGGCAUGUCGAGCAACCCGAUGAACGCCGUCACCACAAAGUUCGUCCGGACGUCGACUAACAAAGUGAAAUGUCCCGUGUUCGUGAUCAGGUGGACUCCUGAAGGCCGCCGUCUGGUCACUGGAGCCUCCAGUGGAGAGUUCACUCUGUGGAACGGACUCACCUUCAACUUUGAGACCAUUUUACAGGCCCACGACAGCCCGGUGCGGGCGAUGACGUGGUCUCAUAACGACAUGUGGAUGCUAACGGCGGACCACGGCGGCUACGUGAAGUACUGGCAGUCCAACAUGAACAACGUCAAGAUGUUCCAGGCUCACAAGGAGGCCAUUAGAGAAGCCAGUUUUUCUCCCACAGAUAAUAAAUUUGCGACGUGUUCAGACGACGGCACCGUGAGGAUCUGGGACUUCCUGCGCUGCCACGAGGAGAGGAUCCUCAGAGGUCACGGUGCUGAUGUGAAGUGUGUAGACUGGCAUCCCACGAAGGGUCUGGUUGUAUCCGGCAGUAAAGACAGCCAGCAGCCGAUCAAGUUCUGGGACCCGAAGACGGGUCAGAGCCUGGCCACGCUUCACGCCCAUAAGAACACGGUGAUGGAGGUGAAGUGGAACCUGAACGGUAAUUGGCUGCUGACGGCGUCACGUGAUCAUCUCUGUAAACUGUUCGACAUCAGGAACCUGAAGGAGGAGCUGCAGGUGUUCAGAGGCCACAAGAAGGAGGCUACAGCGGUGGCCUGGCAUCCUGUCCACGAGGGUCUGUUCGCCAGUGGAGGAUCUGACGGCUCUCUGCUCUUCUGGCACACUGGGGUGGAGAAGGAGGUGGGGGGGAUGGAGAUGGCUCAUGAGGGGAUGAUCUGGAGUCUGGCCUGGCAUCCGCUGGGUCACAUCCUCUGCUCCGGAUCCAACGACCACACCAGUAAAUUCUGGACCAGGAACCGUCCGGGUGAUAAGAUGAGGGACCGGUACAACCUGAACCUGCUGCCGGGGAUGUCAGAGGACGGAGUGGAGUACGAUGACAUCGAGCCCAACAGCCUGGCCUCCAUUCCUGGGAUGGGGAUCCCCGAGCAGCUGAAGGCGGCCAUGGAGCAGGAGCAGAACAGUAAAGAGGCGGCUCCAGAGGAGAUGUCCAUCCCGGGUCUGGACUGGGGAAUGGACGAGGUCAUGGGCAAAGACGCCAAGAAAGUCCCGCAGAAGAAAGUCCCGUACGCCAAACCGAUCCCAGCUCAGUUCCAACAGGCCUGGGCGGAGAACAAGGUUCCCAUGAUGCCCCCUGGUGCUGAACUGAAGGACCGGAAGGUCGAGCAGAAAGUCGACAUGAAGAAGAAAACUCAGGCAGAGAUCGAGCAGGAGAUGGCAGCUCUGCAGUACACCAACCCCCUGCUGCUGGAGCAGAUGAAGAUGGACGGGAACAUGGGCCCCCCGCAGGGACAAGGCCCUAUGCCCCCCUUUGCCGGACCUGGAGGCCCCGGGGGUCCUGGGGGCCCCAUGACCCCUGGCCAACAGGGUUUCCCCCCAAACAUGCCUCCUCAGCAGAUGCCCAACAACAUGGGGCCCCCCAUGGGCCCUGGAGGCAUGCAGCCUCCUUUCAUGCCCCCUGGACAGAUGGGGCCUCCUUCUGGACCCCAGUCUCACCAGGGGCCCCCUCAGGGCAUGAUGGGACCACCAGACAUGCAGAGGCAUCCUGGCCCUCCCAGGAACAUGGGCCCCCAAGGGCCUCACGGUAUGGGUCCCAGAGGGAUGCAGGGGCCACCUGGUGGGAUGAUGGGCCCCCCUCCUCGAGGAAUGGGCCCCAGGGAUCCUCAGGGGCCUCCACCUCAGGGGGGUAUGAUGCCACCUCAAGGGAAUAUGAUGGGCCCUCAGGGUCCUAUGCAGGGUGGGAUGAUGGGGCCCCCACCCAGGACACAUGGUAACUAUGGGAUGGGCAACAUGCAGGGACCCCCAGGAGGGAUGCAUGGUCCUCCAGGAAACAUGCAGGGACCCCCAGGUAACAUGCAAGGACACCCAGGGAACAUGCAGGGGCCCCCUGGUAACAUGCAAGGACCCCAUGGUAACAUGCAGGGACCCCAUGGUAACAUGCAGGGGCCCCCUGGUAACAUGCAAGGACCCCAUGGAAACAUGCAGGGGCCCCAAGGUAACAUGCAAGGACCUCCAGGAAACAUGCAAGGACCCCAUGGAAACAUGCAGGGGCCUCAAGGUAACAUGCAGGGGCCUCCAGGAAACAUGCAAGGACCCCAUGGAAACAUGCAGGGGCCCCCCUACCUGCAGCACCAGGGCCAGAAUUCGGGGCCAAUGAUGCACGGGAUGCAGGGGCCCAACAGCAAAGGAGACCCUCGGGGGCCGCCGCCCAACCACCACAUGGGCCCCCCAGAUCGGCAGGGACCCGGAGGGCCUGGAGGACCAGACCAGGGCUCGGGGCCUUACUGGGGGGAUAACCAGCAGGGUCGACGUGGGCCGCAGGACUUUGACGGAGGCCAGGACUUCCACGGCAGAGAGGAGGGCUGGAGGUCUGGACCCGGGUACCAGGGAGGAGGAGGAGGAGGAGGGGGCCACAGAGGGGGAGGAGGGCACCGAGGAGGAGGAGGGGGGAACGGAGGGAACUGGGGCCCCGAAGACCGGUUUACCCGAGACGGAGGGGACUUCAGAGGACGGAGAGACGACAGGUUCAGAGGGGGGGGCCCCGGCCGGCCCGGAGGACGAAGUUACGACGAGUACGGGGGCCAAGAGGAGGGCUUCGAGGGGCCCGAAGAGAUGAGUCGAGGCUGGGACAGCGGAGGCCGAGGGAGGCCCCCACCACGAGGAGGAGGGCCCCCUAGAGGAGGAGGUCAUGACAGUUACCGUGAACAGAUGCAUGAUGGGUCGUCUCCGGCGGGUCGUGAGCGCUCGUCCUCUCUGCAGGGAAUGGACAUGGCGUCUCUGCCCCCCCGAAAGCGUCCGUGGCAGGACGGGCCGGGAACCGGAGACCCUCGAGAGCGCGAGUCCCCCGGAGCUGACGGAGGUCGGCCUCAGAGGGACGACGGCGGCUACGGUCCAUCAGGGCGAGGCGGACGGGGCGGCUGGGGCCCGGGAGGGGGACCGGCCCCCAGGAGAGGAGGACCUGCACCCAGAGGAGCACCGAGGGGGGGCAGCCGCGGUCGGUAGUCCUCACUCAAAGAAAAACUCCCAUGAGCCUCUUGUCUUCUGGCGCCGAGCCAGCGGAGACAAACAGUGCAGAGAAACUUUGGGUCAUGUGACGAAUCAGGACUGAAGAACACCUGACAGGAAACGCAUCACUGACCAGGAUCAAAGAUGUUAAAUGUAAAAUAUUGUAGAGAUCAUCUGCUGUUUGUCUCCUUUCUUUCCGUCAGCGAUUCGUCAGGUUGUUGCUUUUUGUCCUUUUUUUGUAUCAGAUUUCUAUGUUUUUGUGUUUUCACUGAAUAAAGAUUUCACUUCAAA